AACCCCGAUCGCACGCUGCCUCGCUGAAGACUGUUGCAUCUUUCAGCGCUCUCGGGCUGUCAGUUUUCAGGCACGACGAUCCGAGGUGCGAUAACUCCUUUUCAGACACGCUUUUCGCGAUUUCCCGACCGGUCCACCCUACCGAGUGAGUUUUCCCGGAAAAUUCGGACAAUCGGCGGUUUUCCCGACCGGACAUCGACGGUGCAACGCGACAAACGCGGAGUAUUUCGGUUAGGUACUGUUUGUUUUGGUUUUUUUUUCGUAGCUGAAAACAGGCCCGUACUCGAUAACAUCCGAUAGACCCACCGUAUGAUGAGCGAGAAGAACCCUCCAAUCGAGUCUUACCAAACUGAGUAGUGUUUCCGUCAAAAAAUAGUGACUUCGAGUGCUACCCCAAAAUGGCCACGGUUGUGAUGUGAUAAUAGUGAACCAGUGCACGCAGAAUGCACUACUGUCCCAGCACUGCGGGAUAUGCCCACUGCAGGUCAGGAUCCGACAUUGGACUUAAUCGCAGGGGGGGAUCAGGAGGCAGGAGGAGAGAGCAGGAUUUCGACAGUGCCGACUCUACACUGUCAGAAGAAUCAGAGUCAGGAUCAGCAGGUUCAUGCGGUAUAGAGAUAGAUCCGAAUCUGCCAUAUCCCGGGAUAGCACCCAUAGCCCUACGGUACCUGUCCCAGACUACGAGACCCAGGAGUUGGUGCUUGGCGCUCAUCUCAAACCCAUGGUUCGAGAGGGUGUCCAUGAUGGUAAUUCUACUGAACUGUAUAACCCUGGGAAUGUACCAACCUUGUGUAGAUGACAAGUGCAAGUCGAACAGGUGUAAAAUAUUACAGGUGUUCGACGAUUUUAUCUUCGCCUUCUUCUCCCUGGAGAUGACCAUAAAGAUGAUAGCUAUGGGCGUCUACGGCAGAGGUUCCUACUUGGCGGAUUCCUGGAACCGACUGGACCUGUUUAUAGUUCUUUCUGGCGCUAUAGAAUACGCUCUUCACGUAGAUAACCUCAAUCUUUCUGCUGUUAGGACGAUUAGAGUUCUUAGGCCUUUGAGGGCGAUCAACAGGAUACCAAGUAUGAGAAUUCUGGUGAUGCUCCUUCUGGACACCCUGCCCAUGCUUGGAAAUGUCCUUCUCCUCUGUUUCUUCGUCUUCUUCAUCUUCGGUAUCGUGGGGGUUCAACUGUGGAACGGCGUUCUGAGGCAGAGAUGUACUCCGCCAACUCACAUAGCUGCGAUUCUUCCAAUGGAGAUACGCAAACACGAAUACAAAAUCCCCGAACAGGAGGAUUACAUAUGCAGCAACAGCUCCGGCAUGCACACGUGUACCAACCUGAUCCCCUACAUCCUAGACGGAAGAAAGUGCAAUCUGACGUACGAGGAGAAAAUGCUGAUACCGGAAUACAGGAACAACGACAGCCUGUGUAUAAACUGGCACUUUUAUUACACCGAGUGCAUGGUAUCGGGCACCAACCCGUUCAAAGGGACGAUAUCGUUCGAUAAUAUCGGACUAGCUUGGGUGUCCAUCUUCUUGGUCAUUUCUCUAGAGGGAUGGACGGAGAUAAUGUAUUACGUCCAAGACGGCCACAGUUUCUGGGACUGGAUAUACUUCGUCCUGCUCAUUGUCAUCGGUUCUUUCUUCAUGAUCAACCUCUGCCUUGUCGUUAUAGCGACUCAAUUCUCGGAAACGAAAAAGAGGGAGAUGGAACGUAUGCGUUUGGAACGAGCUCGCUUCCAGAGCAGCAGCACCUUGGCCUCGUCCACCAACAACAGCGAACCGACCAGCUGCUAUGCCGAAAUAGUUAAAUACAUUGCGCAUCUAUGGAGGAGGACCAAAAGGAAGGCCUUCAAGAAGAUAAGGUUGUGGAGGAUGAGGAGAGAUCAAGGGAAGGACCAGAAGAUAGUUGCAGGAGAGACUAUAAGGCUGAAUUCUGUGAAGAAACACCACCCGAACUGUUAUAAAGUUAAGCAGUUGCACCAGCAAUCCAGUGUAUCUACAAAUCGUACAGUAUCAAGAACGAGCUCGAUAUGUCUCCAUGAAUAUCCAGCGAAGGAAAACAGAGAAAAUAAAAACAAUGGGGAAGAUUACGAACUGCCAACGGUUUCUAAAAGACCAGGACUGCUACGUAUACCAUCAAUAAGUAAUCAAGAUGUUUCCAUAAACAACGAGAGUUCUACUAAUCUACUGGCGCCAUCUAUACCUCUCAAUAACAGGCGGAGAUCUUCGGUGAUGUUCAGCGAUGUUAUUCUGAGGCACGGAGAUAAUUCUUCGCCGCCAAGUUCCAGUGCCAACCUCCUCUCUAUCAACAUAGACCGGAAAAAUGUGUGUCAAAGCGAGAAAACCACCCAAACAGGCGAUGGAGACAUAUGGCAAGUCGCACCUAUCCAAAAUUCUCAAAUGCAGAUACAAAACCAGCAGCAGUCCUCACAGGAAUGUUGUAACAUCAUGAACGGUGAAACGAUGACGUGUCAGGAGCUGCUGGCUUUGGUGGGGGGGAUGAAUGCAGCCCUUCCCACAGGACCCAUAGUUUUGGACACUUUUUUCAGUUCUCUAAGCAACGGCAUCAAUCGACAAAAAUCGUUAGAGGAAUCCACAUAUUCAACACAGUUUCCCGAAGAAGACUAUUCUUGCUGCCAGGACCUUUGGCAUUGUGAAGCUGAGUACAGAAACGAGACGAGAUCGAGAUGCUACAUCUGCUCGUGCAUGGUCAUCAAGGGUACCUUCAAGUUUGCCAGGCUAUUUAGAAAAAAGAUCAAACUCAUGGUUGAGUGGAAGUACUUCCAGCAAGGCAUCCUCCUGGCCAUCCUCAUCAACACCUUCUCUAUGGGCAUAGAAUACCAUGAGCAACCAGAGAUAUUGACCCACGUGGUGGAAGUCAGCAACAUCAUAUUUUCAGCGAUUUUUGCCGUUGAGAUGCUGUUGAAGAUAAUAGCUGAAGGGCCAUUCGGCUAUAUAUCGAAUGGUUUUAACGUUUUCGAUGGAGUAAUCGUGAUAUUAAGCGCCAUCGAAAUUUUUCAAAAGUUCAUGGGGGAAUCCCACAUGGACUCGGGUCUGUCUGUCCUGAGGACUUUCAGACUCUUGAGGAUCUUGAAAUUGGUGAGAUUCAUGCCGAACCUGCGACGUCAACUAUUUGUCAUGUUGAGAACUAUGGAUAACGUAGCCAUAUUUUUCUCAUUGCUAAUUCUGUUCAUUUUCAUAUUUAGCAUACUUGGAAUGUACCUUUUCGGUGGUAAGUUUUGCAAUUACAAAGAUAUACAAGGUCACCAACGCGAGUGUACUUGCGAAAUGAUCGUUUCCAAGGACGAACGAUGCCACUGCGACAGGAAACACUUCAACAACUUCCUCUGGGCAACAGUAACGGUCUUUCAAAUCCUGACGCAGGAAGAUUGGAACCUCGUCCUGUCUAACGGCAUGUCCAAGACUUCUCACUGGGCAGCGCUGUAUUUCGUGGCGCUCAUGACCUUCGGCAAUUACGUCUUGUUUAACUUGUUGGUGGCCAUUCUGGUCGAAGGUUUCAGCGCCGAGAGGAACGAGAGGAGGGAAAGGGAACAGAGGGAGUUGGCGAGAAGAAAAAUGUCCAGUAUUUUGGAGGCCAGCUUGAGGAGUAGCUCGGACGAGAGUAACAAGAGUUUGACGAGUUCCAGCGGCAGCUACAUUCAAGAAUCGAAGAACUGCUGGAGAUCGGCCGAAGAGCUGCGAAAAUACAAAGACGUCAAAGAUGACAGGUCCGUGAUCGGUUUGAGCCACUGCGACUGCAGGGACAGGGCGUACGAUAACAGCUGCUUCACUCUAGACCCCAAAUGCAACAUACAGAAGGAAUCCAUGUUGAAACAGCCCAGGAAUCAGCAGACCUCUCCGCCGAUAAUAACCCACACAGCGGCAACCCCCGAAGAUUCGCCCAGUACCAACGUCGAAGAUUUUCCGGAAUUUCGAUAUAACAUCACAACGCCGAACGAAGAGACUUGCGAGUAUGACGCGAGCACCGGCGACUUCUCCAGCAACGAAUCUUCCCAAAAAACAACGUCGCUCAGCCUCCUGAAACCGCCCAGUCUGUCGCCGCCACCACUGACCUUCCGCCACUUCGACAAGUCCCAAGAAGACGUCUCCCUUCCCCCCUUGGCCGGUAAGAUAGUGAUCCACAACGAGAAGAUAGGGUCGAAGACCAUGACGUUCUCCGAGAAGGUCAUCAUCCCCAACACUCCUGCGUCCUGCAAGACUGGUGGCGAGAAGGGAAAGAUCCAGAGGAAGUGCUCCUGGAAGCUGUCCUCCAGACCGAGCCUGCGGAGGAAGAAGUGCAGGAACAACUCGACGGAGAGCGAGACUGUGCCUCUGAACAACGGCAGGGACCAUUCCCAGUGUAACGGAGGCGGUGUGAACAGAAAUGUGAACUUGAGGAACGAUUCUCUCCUCCGAUCGACGAUCCGUAUUAAAAACGACACCCAGCGAGACGCGCCCAACAACAAAAACCUGAAGGGGAUCAGUCCUCAAAAUUCCAUUAGAUGUAGAUCGAACACGUGCAGUUCCGCAUCGCAAGUAUCCGUGACCCCGACCCUAACCAGGCACAACAACCCCCUAAGCGCACCGUCCCCCUUAGCGGACAAAAACGCCAAGUUCUCCCCCAAACAGGGAAGAAAGUCCAGCGUCGGGGAGCCCAAGGCCAUCAACACGCUCAACGAGAAGCUGAUCACGGACAGGACGCUGCCCACCAUCAAGAUGGAGGACUGUUCCGUCCCGAGCGACAAUCCGGAUUAUCCAUCCGACAGGCUGACGAAGUUUUUUCUUUAUUUCGAGCCCACGGCCAGUUUCAUGAAGGAGAGAGAAGACUACGCGCUGUAUUUGUUCCCGUCUGACAGCGGGUUUCGUCAAUGGUGCCAAUGGUUCAUAGAGCAGAAGUGGUUCGACAACGUGGUGCUCCUGUUCAUCGCCCUGAAUUGCAUCACGUUAGCUAUGGAGAGGCCAAACAUUCCUCCCACUAGUCGGGAGAGGGUUUUUCUCUCUUCCUGUAACUACAUAUUCACUGUGGUCUUCACGGCGGAGAUGUUCAUCAAGGUAGUGGCAGCGGGCAUGUGCUACGGUCCGAACGCUUAUUUCACCUCCGGUUGGAACAUAAUGGAUGGAGCGUUAGUCAUCAUCUCCAUCGUAGACUUGUUGAUGUCCUUCAUUAGCUCUUCUAGUCCUAGGAUAUUUGGAAUAUUAAGGGUAUUUCGUCUCUUAAGGUCCUUACGACCUCUAAGGGUCAUUAACAGAGCGCCUGGUCUCAAACUGGUGGUCCAGACCCUGUUAUCCUCGCUGAGGCCUAUAGGAAAUAUCGUACUAAUAUGUUGUACAUUUUUCAUUAUUUUUGGUAUUCUAGGUGUACAGUUAUUCAAAGGAACUUUUUACCAUUGCACCGGCAAGAACAUACAGGGCGUUCAGAAUAAAAGCGAUUGCUUGUCGAGAGAGUCCGCGAAGUGGGAGAAUGAAAAGUACAACUUUGACGACUUGGGUCAGGCACUCAUGUCUCUGUUCGUUUUGAGCUCCAGAGAUGGCUGGGUCAACAUCAUGUACUCUGGCUUAGACGCCGUUGGCGUCGACCAACAGCCCAAAACCAACUACUCCGAAUGGCGUCUGCUCUACUUCAUCUCUUUCAUACUGCUGGUCGGAUUCUUCGUGCUGAACAUGUUCGUUGGGGUGGUCGUGGAGAAUUUCCACAGAUGUCGCGAAGAACAGGAGAAGGAAGAAAGGGUGAGAAGAGCUGCAAAGAGGGCUCUGCAGCUAGAAAAACGUAGAAGAAAAAUGAACGAACCGCCCUACUACAUCAACUAUCCCCCGUGGCGCCUCUUCAUACACGGCGUGGUGACCUCCAAGUACUUCGACCUCGCCAUAGCUGCCGUCAUCGGUCUAAACGUGGUAACCAUGGCCACCGAGCGCUUCAGGAUGCCCGAUUUCCAGACCCAGAUCCUGAAGAUCUUCAACUACUUCUUCACCGCCGUCUUCAUAGUCGAGAGCUCGAUGAAACUGAUCGCGCUCGGUCUCAAACUCUACAUGAAGGACAAGUGGAACCAGCUGGACGUGGCGAUAGUCAUCCUCUCGGUAGUGGGCAUCGUCCUCGAAGAGCUCGGUUCCAACAUCAUCCCGAUAAAUCCGACGGUGGUGAGGGUGAUGCGGGUGAUGCGGAUAGCGAGGGUCCUGAAGCUGCUCAAGAUGGCGAAAGGCAUAAGGGCGCUGCUGGACACGGUGAUGCAGGCGUUGCCGCAAGUGGGUAACCUGGGGCUGCUGUUUUUCCUCCUCUUCUUCAUCUUCGCGGCCUUGGGGGUGGAGCUGUUCGGCCGGUUGAGUUGCGAGAUAGAGGCGGAGCCAUGCCAGGGUUUAGGUGAGCACGCCCACUUCAAAAAUUUCGGAAUGGCUUUCCUCACGCUCUUCAGAGUGGCGACAGGUGACAAUUGGAACGGCAUCAUGAAAGACACUCUCAGGGACGAGACGUGUAGUAAAGACGCCGAUUGCGUGACGAACUGUUGCGUAUCCCACCUCAUAGCGCCCAUCUUUUUCGUGGUCUUCGUGCUGAUGGCCCAAUUCGUCCUGGUUAACGUCGUGGUGGCUGUUCUGAUGAAGCAUCUGGAGGAGUCCCACAAGCACUUGGAGGAAGAGCAAGACCUGGACAACCAACUGGAAAGGGAGAAACAGGAAAAACAAGAGAUGGAGGAGAGGAGGGAAUUGUGCUUGGCCCUUCAGAUAGACCAAGAGAACCAGCAGAAGCACAAGCCGUUAACGAAGGUGUUAUCUCUACCAUCCAACUUCAUUUACAACCCAUCUGGAAGCAAACCACCGCAGGAGAAAUCGUCGCCAACUGGCAGAAGGCAGACCAUGCACAGCCACCACCCUUUCCUCCUCUCGAACGUCGACAACAUAAAGAACAUAGACGAAUCCGCAUCCGAACUGUUCGACAUAAGCGAGCACAAAGCCAAGAGGGACAGGAGAGUGCCCGUCCAAACCAGCUUAGACGGCGCUUCGACUUUCGAGAGAAAAGACAGCGUCAGGUCGGUGAAAUCGGAAGGCAUGAAGUCCAGGCAAUCUUCGGAGACGGACGGCAACCUCUUGAGCGUGACGAUGGGCGAGAGACCGACGCACAGGAGGUACGGCAGCACCAAGAACCUCUUCGUCAAGCAGUUCUCGAUGGACGUGUCGGAGGAGACGCCCUUCUUGGGCGGAAACGAGCCCGAGACCGUCAGUUUGACCAUCAUAAAGCACGACUCGCAGGAGUCGGUGGAGAGGAUCAUACAGGAGAGGCGGAAGAUCGAGGGGUCCAAGUCCAGCGAGACGGAGGACGAUAUUUACGACCACAGUUGCCGAGGAGUCUCGGCCGAAGGGGAUGGUAGGAAAGAUACGGAAAGCAAAUGCUGAGUCGAUGAAAUUAUUUUUUUAUGAACUGUGUAAAUACUGUGUAGGUUAGUUUUGGACGGCGAAUGUCAGCGGGGUUUUUUGGGCUGUCGAAGAGCGCAAGACAUGUGAUGUUACAUUUCCAAGCUACCAGACUAUUUGAAUCUGCAAUGUCACACCAACAAGGUUUUAACUUGCUUCCAUAACCCGAAGGAAUAAUAUCUGGCAUUUAAAGACUGACCCAUCAUAUUUUUUCGAGAAGAAAAAGCCGAAAAUAUCUGGUACCAGUCAUUUCGAAGGAAAUCAAGAGAUUUUAUUCUUCGCAAAUUAAUAAUAGAAUCAGUUCAUCAGUCCAAAAAAUGAGGGUGAGAAAUAUUGAUUGGAAUUCCUCAGCUGGAACUAUAAAAAUCGCCGAAUUAAUACAUUUUGACACAAUUCUCAAAUGCGCUCAAAUGUUGGACUGAAAUGGGAAAAUUAUAAAAAAAAAAUUAAGAUCACCAGCUAUGACGAUUAUCAUUUUCAAAGAAAAAAAGAAGUUAAUGCCAAAUGAACUCGAAAACUUCUUCAUGCAAUACUUCCUUGAUCUGAACUGUAUUAAAGUGUUAUCAUAAUUUCGCUGAAUAUUCGUGAACCAACCAAAAACAAAACUUGAAAUUAUUGUUUUUGGCUAGUUUUCAUCAAUGAAUGAAAGAAACUUGAAUGAAUCUUGAUCUCAUAACUAUAAUAACAUUUUCAAAAGAAGAGAGGAAUAUCUCGAUGCAUUCAAAAUGAAAUUGAGAACUUUUUCAUCAAAUUCGUUCACCUCGAAAUGUUCACAGAUGUUAUCUUCUAGAAAAUAUGUUCUAGACUUGCAUUUUCUAAAUAAGUUCAACUGAAUCUACGAGGAAUUCGCCGAUCAACCUCUGAAACAUAUCCAGGCGUUUUUUCUUGUUCUCAACAUUUAGCUACAAGAAAAUUCGAAGCAGAAAUCUUAGAGUAAAUAAUUCCACGAGUGAAAAUAGAUGUUGUUGGUAGUUUUUUCUAUCUAGUUAUCGAUGAAUUAUAUUUUAAAGUUAAAUUUUUAUAUUUAAAUUUUGAAUCUUUCUAUAUUUAUAGUACGUUUUUUCGUCAUUAUGCGUCGACUUUCUAACGGUCGUAUUCUGCGUUUAAAUAUUCGUUUGUCGCAUGAUCUAAUUCAAUCAUUGAAACUUUAGAUUUUUAGGUUUUAUAACUAUGAAAAACUAAGGAGAGAAUCAAUCAUAUUGCAAUACAAAGGAAAUAUAUUUUUUUUAAGAGAAUGACUAAACCUCUACGUAGUCUCCAGGAUUCUUUCAGUGAAAUUAGAUUAAUCGGUAUGAAGUAGAAUUUAAACAGUUUUUUGGAAAUCAAAUACAAAGAUGUGUAAAGAUGAACAUAAAUUAAUGUCUCAUCUGUUACAUUGAAAAAGUUAUUUCGUAUAAUUCCAAAAUUUUUGUGAUUCAGGACAGGGCAGUAAAUUAGGAAAUUGAUGAAUACUCACCGACAAUCUUGUAAGCCUUUAAACAAUUCAAAACCUUCGAUAACCUUCCUGCAUUCGUUUUUUCCCUCGAUAAUUGAGUUUAGAAAUUUCGUUUCAAUAUUUUCAAAAACGUGAAUGUCUACCGAAAUUGACUCGUAAAGAUCCUAGACAAUAGUAGGUUUUAAACCGGAUCUACAACAUCCGAUUUUUCCCUUAUUUAAGUGAAACUGAAAAUUUUCACGGUGUUCUCUUCCUGAACGAUUCGAUGCCAAAAUAUCCAAUGUACUUCUAUCUGUGGUGGUUCCUUAAGUAAAUUUUAGAGCAUUGCCAAAUAGUGAAUUGGUUGCAUUUUUUAGAUGGGACGGUCUGUGAUAAAUUUGGUCCCAAAUACUUUUUUAAUCGAUAUGAAUGUUACCGAAUUAUUUUCAAUCGGGAUUUGUGUAAACAUGGCCACAUGAUCAAUGUGGCCGUACAUUUACAAAACUUUGAACCUUUGCGUGCCACACUGUUAUGUGGCAAUGUCGACAUACGAAAACAGUUAAAGAUGUUUAAUAGGGGAUUCUAUAAUAUUUACCUGGUGUUGAAUUAUUUUUAACAGUUUUAUCGAUAUAGUUGCUUUCAUAGGUAGGUUUUAAAUUAGUAAAUUUCUUCUACUGUGCCUUUCUGUCAGAGAACUGUAUCUUCUUUUAAAUAUUAGUCUAUAGCUGUUGAACUGUACAUUGUUGUAAUUAGUAUCUUUAAGAUGAAAUAAAAUUAACAAUAUCUUCGGUUUC